AUGCUGCCGCUGUGGACAUUUGCAGUGCUGCUGGGAGCAGUAGCUGGACGAGAAGUCUGCUACGAUAGACUCGGCUGCUUCACUGACAAUUCUCCAUAUGGAGGAACUUUGGAAAGACCUCUCAAAGUGUUGCCCUGGUCUCCAAAACUUGUCAACACCCGCUUCCUCUUAUACACUAACGAGAAUCCCAGCCGCUACCAAGUGAUCACUGCAUCCGCAUCAAGCAUCAGGAGCUCCAAUUUCAAAACAAACAGAAAAACCCACUUUGUCAUUCAUGGAUUCACAGACAAGGGGGAAGACAGCUGGCUGUCCAAUAUCUGCAAGAACAUGUUCAAGGUAGAAAAUGCAAACUGCAUCUGUGUGGACUGGAAAGGCGGCUCUCGAACUGGAUACACUCAGGCUACGCAGAACGUGCAAGUCGUGGGUGCAGAAAUCGCGUAUUUGGUGAAAGCCCUUCAGUCUGACUUUGGAUAUUCUCCCUCAAACGUUCACCUCAUCGGUCACAGUCUGGGCUCCCAUGUUGCUGGUGAGGCUGGAAAGAGGUUGAAUGGAGCCAUUGGACGAAUCACAGGGUUGGAUCCAGCUGAACCUUACUUUCAGAAUACACCUGAGGUUGUCCGAUUGGACCCCAGUGACGCCCAGUUUGUGGAUGCGAUUCACACAGAUUCUGCCCCCAUGAUUCCCAACAUGGGAUUAGGAAUGAGCCAAACCGUGGGCCACUUAGAUUUCUUCCCAAAUGGAGGGAAAGAAAUGCCUGGAUGCCAGAAGAACGCUCUCUCUCAGAUUGUCGACAUGGAUGGGAUCUGGGAAGGGACUCGUGACUUUGUGGCCUGUAAUCAUCUAAGAAGUUACAAGUAUUAUACAGACAGCAUUGUCAACCCAACUGGCUUCGCUGGCUUCUCGUGUGCCUCUUAUAGUGACUUCACUUCGGACAAGUGCUUCCCCUGCCCUAGCGGAGGAUGCCCACAGAUGGGCCAUUACGCUGACAAAUAUUCUAGAAAAACAAGUGGAGUCGGCCAGAAAUUUUUUCUAAAUACCGGUGAUGCUAGUAAUUUUGCUCCCCAGGACUACCUACCAGGGAAUGGUGUGGCCCACAAUGAGCUAGGCCUUCAUAUUUCUAUUAAGACAAUCGAGACGAUACCGUCUGUAGAUGUGUCCAUGGACUAA